AUGCUCGGUAAGAGUCAGCUGUCGGUCGCCCGCGGCGACGCCGCCGACAACGUCGACUCGCUGCGCUACGGGUGGCGCCUCCUGCUGACGCACGCCUACAGGCUGCAGUGCGACCUCAUCAGCAUGCAGCCGGCGUUCAAGCGCGAGCUGUUCGGCAACGUGAAGCGAUUCACGACCGACUGCGAGACCUUCUACGUGGAGUACGAGCGGGAGGGGCCGAUGGUUACUGGGCUUCAGCCGUCGGAUGCAGCAGACAGGCUGAUAAUAUUCCAGAGUCGUUUCGACGCCCUCUGGCGGCAGUACGACGCGUACACGGAGGGCCAGCAUCUGUUCGGGAUGCCCGUUGCCGAGCAACCGAAUCUCGCGCGCGCUCGCAGCGAGCUGCUGCUGCUGCAGCGCCUCUACGCGCUGUACGCCGACGCCCUUGCCAAGGUCGCGCGCUUCCGCGACCUUCACUGGACCGAAGUCAAGGUCGAUGUCAUUGCAGAGCAACUGCAGGAGCUGCAGAACAGGUGUAGGAAGCUGCCGCUCGCGCUGAAGCAAUGGCCGGCGUUUCUCACGCUGAAGCGCACGGUCGAUGACUUCAUGGAGACGCUGCCCCUACUGGAGCUGAUGAGUGGUCUAGUGUUGAAGCCGAGGCACUGGGAGCAGAUAUGGCAGAUCACCGGCCAUAGGUUUGACGUCAACUCUAGCGACUGUACCCUGAGGAGCAUCCUCUAUGCACCCCUGCUGCAGCACAAGGAGGACAUAGAGGACAUCUGCAUUGCUGCUGACAAGGAGCGAGAUAUUGAGGCAAAGCUGAAGCAGGUGGUGGCAGAUUGGCAGGGACAGGAUUUGGAGCUAUCGAUGUUCAAGAACCGUGGAGAACUGCUGCUGAAGGGAGACACGACCAUGGACAUCGUCUCACAGAUGGAGGACAGCCUCAUGGUCCUCGGUUCCUUGCUGAGUAACAGGUACAACACGCACUACAGGAAGGCAAUACAGACGUGGGUGAGAGACCUCUCCAAUAGCAUAGAGGUCAUCAACACCUGGCUCACCGUACAGAACCUGUGGCUGUACCUGGAGGCCGUUUUCAUCGGCGGAGACAUCGCGCGCCAGCUGCCCAAGGAAGCGCACAGGUUCAAUGGCAUCGACAGAUCGUGGCAAAAGAUCAUGCAGAAGGCGAGGGAGGUUCGGAGGGUCGUAGAAUGCUGUAGCUGUGAUGAGAUGCUGCUGCUGCCUCACAUACUCGAGCAACUCGAAACCUGCCAGAAGUCACUCACUGGGUACCUGGAGAGCAAGCGAGCGCUGUUUCCUCGUUUCUUCUUCGUGUCCGACCCAACUCUGCUAGAGAUCCUCGGCCAGGCGAGCAACUCUCACAACAUACAGCGCCAUCUACUGAGCGUGUUCGAUAACACUCAGACUGUAGAGUUUCAUCGAAAGGAUUAUGACCGCAUUUUGGCGAUCGUCUCUUCAGAAGGUGAAACUAUAGAGCUGGAGAGACCCGUGAAGGCACAAGGCCCCAUCGAGGAGUGGCUCAUGUCUCUCCUACAGGUGGCGCAGCAGUCGCUACAUGGUGUCAUCCGUGCGGCCGCCGACGCCGUCAACGACAAGGACUUCAACCUGAUGCAGUUUCUGCAGCAUUUUCCUGCGCAGGUCGGCUUGCUGGGCAUACAGAUGAUCUGGACAAGGGACUCGGAAGCGGCGCUCAGGAAGGCUAGGACCGACAAGAAGGCGAUGCCACUGACCAAUCAGAGCUUCCUCGGCAUGCUGAACGCGCUGAUUGGACGGACGACGGCGGAGCUCUCGCGCGCCGAGCGCACCAAGUUCGAGACGCUCAUCACCAUCCACGUUCACCAACGAGACAUAUUCGAUGAUCUGUGUCGUAUGGGAGUAAAGUCUACGGCUGACUUUGAGUGGUUGAAGCAGUCACGGUUUUACUUCAACGAGGAUGCAGAUUGCACACUGAUCUCUAUCACAAACGUGAACUUCACCUACCAGAAUGAGUUUUUGGGCUGCACAGAACGUCUAGUUAUUACACCUCUAACUGACAGGUGCUACAUCACCCUAGCCCAGGCAGUCGGCAUGUCAAUGGGAGGAGCACCGGCUGGGCCAGCGGGAACCGGGAAAACAGAAUCUGUUAAGGACAUGGGACGAUGCCUGGGAAAAUAUGUGGUUGUGUUCAACUGCUCUGACCAGAUGGAUUACCGAGGCCUGGGGCGCAUCUUCAAAGGACUGGCACAAUCGGGGGCGUGGGGCUGCUUCGAUGAAUUUAACCGGAUAGAGCUGCCAGUGCUGUCUGUCGCAGCUCAACAGAUUGCUGUUGUACUCACCGGCAAGAAGGAGCACCAAAAGCAGCUUGUGUUCACAGAUGGCAGCACUACUGCGGUGAAUCCAGAGUUUGGAAUAUUCAUCACCAUGAACCCAGGUUAUGCCGGACGACAGGAGCUGCCUGAGAAUCUAAAGGUGCAGUUCCGCACGGUGGCCAUGAUGGUUCCGGACCGACAGAUCAUCAUCCGCGUAAAGCUGGCCAGCGUGGGCUUCAUGGACAACGUGGUACUGGCACGCAAGUUCUACACGCUCUACAGGCUGUGCGAAGAACAGCUCAGUAAACAGGUCCACUAUGACUUCGGUCUGCGCAACAUCUUGUCAGUGUUGAGGACACUUGGAGCUGUGAAGCGGAGCAACCAGAGCGACAGUGAGGCUACGGUCGUCAUGCGCGUACUGAGGGACAUGAACCUAUCUAAACUGAUAGAUGAGGACGAGCCGCUCUUCCUGUCUCUCAUCGCAGACCUGUUUCCGGGCAUCGUGCUGGACAGCGCGGGCUACCCGGAGCUGGAAGCUGCCAUCGCCACGGUGAUCGAGCAGUCGGGCCUCAUCCACCACACUCCGUGGAUGCUCAAACUGAAGCAGCUUUACGAAACGCAGAAGGUGAGACAUGGCAUGAUGGUGCUGGGACCUAGUGGAACAGGCAAGACCAGCUGCAUCCACACCCUGAUGACGGCCAUGACAGCCUGUGGGCAACCUCACAGAGAAAUGAGAAUGAACCCCAAAGCCAUCACUGCACCACAGAUGUUUGGCAGAUUGGACGUGGCCACUAAUGACUGGACGGAUGGCAUCUUCUCCGCAUUGUGGCGUAAAACUCACCAACUAAAGAAAGAUGAGCAUGUGUGGAUAGUCCUGGAUGGACCUGUUGAUGCUAUCUGGAUUGAGAACCUCAACUCAGUGCUGGACGACAACAAGACAUUGACACUAGCGAAUGGUGACAGAAUCCCAAUGUCCCCAGCAUGUAAGAUUAUUUUUGAGGUUGACAACAUCGACAAUGCAAGCCCAGCAACAGUGUCACGAAACGGCAUGGUCUAUAUGAGCUCCUCUGCUCUGGACUGGAAACCACUUCUGCAGGCAUGGCUGCUGCGGAGGAACGCUGUGGAGGCGGAAUGCCUAAGGGAAUUAUUUCACGCUUCAUUCAGUGAGAUUCUGCUCUAUGCCAUGCAGAAUCUACAGUAUAGGAUGACCGUCCUGCAGUGUAACAUUGUUAAUCAGGUUCUGACACUGUUAGAGGGUCUGCUCCCACGUGCCAGCCCCGCCGUCGGCCAUCUUGCCAAGCUGUACGUGUUCAGCAUCAUGUGGAGUGUAGGGGCCUUUCUGGAGCUGGACGACAAACGCAAACUGUCCGCAUUCCUGCGUUCUGGGAACCUGAACCUCGACAUCCCUGACACGCCCCCCGGUUCCGACGAUACGAUGUUUGACUAUCUAGUCGAUGCGCAAG